AUGAAAAGAAAGGCAGAAGAACAAGAAGGCUUCGUUUUUGUGCGAAAACGUAGGGAAACUGUUGCUGUUACGUCAAAAGAAAGUGAGUCAAUAAAAAUCGCUUCUCAAACACCUAAUGGUGCCAAAGAACAAAAAAAUGAAGAAGUAAUUAUUGCUCUACCAGAAAAUGACACUCCUGUGAUUGCAAAAAACCAAAAACUUCGCAAAGCGAGUGAGCGACGGAGCAGCUUGAGCCAACGUGGAAAACGUGCCAGCAGCAUUGGCCUCGGUUUCGAAGCCUUACCACAUGCAGAUGUUCCUACCUCAGAGUAUCAUCGACACAUAUCCGCUGACCUAUCUGAACCGUUGCGGAUGAAGCAAUUGAUCAUCUGGAGCGGUUCCAAUUCCUUAGAUGAGCAACGACGCAACUACGCAGAGACAAAAGAAUCCAGCGAGGCAGCAAUUGCACGCUCCAUUGUACGAGAAGUCUUAAACGACCUAGUUGCGGGAAAAUUUGACGUCAGUUGGUACCAACGGCCACCCGGCUCAGUCAUUCCAACGAAACCCCAUCCUCAGAACAUUCGUAAUCAUCAGCUUGUGGACGAAUUGAGCGUCAAAUUAAAAAAACUAAAGGAGGAGGAAGCUGCUUGGAGGGCUAUCUUUAGCUCGUCCGCCAAUUCCUCUAUGUUCGCUUUGCCGGAGACGAAAAGUGUCCAGAACAAUGCCGACAACGGCGACGCGAUUGAGGAUGAAGUGUCUUCAAGCAAUCAGUACGCCUCUCAAAUGAAUGAGCGACUAAAUGAAGUGGAAGAACGAGCAAUGAUUGCCGUAGACACGCUUUCCAGCCAAGUUCACACUAUUCAAUCGCUGACUCAAUUGGGUCGCCAGUAUGGUGAAAAUGUUAUGAACAAAAUGGCGCGGCAAUACGCGAAUCAUCUUACAGAAGUACAGAGCCUAAGAAGUCAAACAGACGACGCUAGCAUUUUACGAAGCAUAUCUCGCAUCGAGAACGAGUAA